GCGGGGGCUGCGGCUGGGACCGGGCCCGGGGCGGCGGGGCCGGCGCCUCCGCUCUCCUCCAGCUCCUGCUUCAGCCUUUGCUCCCGCUGCGGCCGUGGCCCCCCUUGGCGCGGCUCUCCGCGCUGCGCGUCCGCUGAGCCCGCCGCUCCCCGGCCCAUGUACUGGAAGCAUGAGAACGCCGCCCCGGCGCUGCCCGAGGGCUGCCGGCUGCCGGCCGAGGGCGGCCCCGCCACCGACCAGGUGAUGGCCCAGCCAGGGUCCGGCUGCAAAGCGACCACCCGCUGCCUUGAAGGGACCGCGCCGCCCGCCAUGGCUCAGUCGGACGCUGAGGCCCUGGCAGGCCCUCUGGACAAGGACGAGGGUCGGGCCUCUCCCUGUACGCCCAGCACGCCAUCUGUCUGCUCACCGCCCUCUGCUGCCUCCUCCGUGCCGUCUGCCGGCAAGAACAUCUGCUCCAGCUGUGGCCUCGAGAUCCUGGACCGAUAUCUGCUCAAGGUCAACAACCUCAUCUGGCACGUGCGGUGCCUCGAGUGCUCCGUGUGUCGCACGUCGCUGAGGCAGCAGAACAGCUGCUACAUCAAGAACAAGGAAAUCUUCUGCAAGAUGGACUACUUCAGCCGAUUUGGGACCAAGUGCGCAAGGUGCGGCCGACAGAUCUACGCCAGCGACUGGGUCCGGCGGGCACGCGGCAAUGCCUACCACCUGGCCUGCUUCGCUUGCUUCUCGUGCAAGCGCCAGCUGUCCACGGGCGAGGAGUUUGGCCUGGUCGAGGAGAAGGUGCUCUGCCGCAUCCACUACGACACCAUGAUUGAGAAUCUCAAGAGGGCCGCCGAGAACGGGAACGGCCUCACGCUGGAGGGGGCAGUGCCCUCGGAACAGGACAGUCAGCCCAAGCCGGCCAAGCGCGCGCGGACGUCCUUCACCGCCGAGCAGUUGCAGGUUAUGCAGGCGCAGUUCGCGCAGGACAACAACCCCGACGCGCAGACGCUGCAGAAGCUUGCGGACAUGACGGGCCUCAGCCGAAGGGUCAUCCAGGUGUGGUUUCAAAACUGCCGGGCGCGUCAUAAAAAGCACACACCACAGCAUCCCGUGCCGCCCUCCGGGGCGCCGCCGUCCCGCCUCCCCUCCGCCCUGUCCGACGACAUCCACUACUCCCCGUUCAGCAGCCCCGAGCGGGCUCGCAUGGUCACCCUGCACGGCUACAUUGAGAGUCAGGUACAGUGCGGGCAGGUGCACUGCCGGCUGCCUUACACCGCGCCCCCCGUCCACCUCAAAGCCGAUAUGGAUGGGCCACUCUCCAACCGGGGUGAGAAGGUCAUCCUUUUUCAGUACUAGCGCUGCCGGCACUUCCGCAUCUGAGCAUGGGCGCCCGGCAGCUGCCCCUCAGCCGCUGAAAUCCGGAGUCUGAGCCGCUGCCAGGGAUCCACCCGCUCUGCCUCCACCCCUCAUCCGCCAUCCUGCCCACCACGAGCUGGGCCCCUGGGCCUGGCCUUCCCCUCUCCUGCCGAGAACCAGAACCCGCCAGGAGCACCGCGGAGCCCUCCUCCCUGAAGGCAGAGCUCCCUGAAAUUUGGAGCCAGGGUGAAAACAACAGCCUGUGUUUCCCAUUUAGACAGGAGUCGUCUUCAACUUAAGCUGAUUACAAUAGCAAAAGGCCGAAUUGAAUCGCACGACGCCAACAGCCUUCCAAUUUACAGGUUUUCUUUCCUCCCAUAUUGGCCUUUAUUUACUACUUCCUUGGAACCAUCUCUGAAUUCUGAAUAGCGGACAACCCCCAAUGUUAUCCACUCUGUUGCUUUUGUUUGGAAAACUCUACAGUGUUUGUGGGAUGUCCCCAAAGGAAAGCUAUGUUCUAAUUUUAUCAUUUCCAUCUGUCUGGUUAUGUCAAGUUAAUUCAGAGAGAGAAGAGACACUGACCAACCCUGAGAGGCCCAACAGGGCACAGAUGGAGGCCUGCCCAGACCAAGAGGCAGGGGGAAAAGCGGGGGCCGGGGGGAGAGGGCGGGGCAAGGACCCCCAUGGGUUUGGAGGCCCAGGAGAAGGAUGCGGCACACUGGACUGGGAGAAGUACUAGCCAUUUUAAGGAGAGGACAGAGGAAACUCGGGGUGUGUGUCGGGGACCCUGCUUUCACCUAGUUAUCCAGCAUAUGUGCAGGAGACAUAGCAGAGGUGGUGUUUGAUCUGUGUGGUGACAUUUCUGAACGCUUGGACAAGUUAGAAUUGGGGACCCUUGUUGGCUACUUGACUCCUGAUGGGGGUGCUUGGGCCACGUCUUCUUUGGGGAGACCUCUCAUGGGGGAGCUGGAGAACAGAGCCCAGGGAAAGGGCAGAGCUUUCACUCUGGACCCACCUCUGAGUAGAAAGAGAGUGCCUGCUGCCUAGGUGAGUGUACUUCUGGGGUGCUACCAGGCGGGGCAGGCCCUGGCUCAGCCCCUGGCUCAGUAGAAAGAGGGUGCCUGCUGCCUAGGUGGUAGCACCCCAGGAUUCUAGCUGGCACUUCUGGGCUUCCCCACCAACCCUGCCCAGAGCCAGUCCCACUCACUCCUGAGAACACAGGCCAGACACAGCUGUGCUCACAUCCACCCUGACCCGCUGCAGCUCUUCCACCCCAAACAAAAGGGCUUGGGCUACACAAGACCAUGAUUUAUGUUUUCAGGGGACCCCGUUUGUCCCAGGCUAAUCCUGUAAUUUUAGAAUGACUUGGGUGUCCUGAUGCAUUUCCCACUAGAGGCUGCUAGUAAGUAUGUUUCAGCCCAAGUCCUCCUUCCUGCUUUGAUUAACCUGAUACGUUGCUUUUGGAAGGAGACGCUAGGACAGGGAAAGCAAGUUCAUGGUACCUAGGUGUCUGCUGCCCCGGUUUCACCCAUGGCAGACAUCGCUAAUCGAUCGCAGCACUCUCUAUCUCGCCGAGUCUGGAUAAGGGUUCGGAAUCCACAUGCUUGAAGUUGGCACUUAACGUGAAAAACGAUAUGCUCUUCUUACUCUGGGACCUGGAGGAGGGCUGGGCCCGGGUGCAGCCCAAGAAGGGAACUUGCUUCUUUUCCCUUUCAAAGACAGUUCCAGCUGACUCAGGGCAAAGGAAAGACACCCCUCAGAAUGUGAUCAGUGCAGCUUGGUUCAGAACUCACCCGGUGAAUAGAGUGUGCCUGGCCCUACCCUUGGAGCUGAUGUUAACCGGAGCAGCUUGGGCCCAGUUCCUGGUGACUGGGGAGCUCUAAUCUUUCCUUUGAUGUGGUGAGUGGCCAGCCGAGCCAUGCCCAGGGUCACCCAGUACCCACUCUGCCUUGAGCCUCCCCCCAGGGUCUGUUCCUUGCGUGGAUCACACGGUCGUAGCAUGCUGUGGUUCAGACACGUCUCCACUAGGCUGUUAGAACAGCCUGGGAACGUACAGGCCAUCAAGACUAUUUAUUUAAAUACAAAACAAAAGGAGGAAAACACACACACGGAAGAAAAUUGUAAGCACUUUUUUGUAAAACCAAUGUCUGUUUUGUUACAUACCUUUCAUGUUGUGCUUUGUAAAUGUCUUAUUUGUGUAAUAAAUAAAGUUAAUGCAAGUAGAAGU